GGGCUACUUGGGAUAGUGCAGAUGAAACAAUUCCUACACAUGAAGUUGGUGUCAACGCUUCUUCCGACAAAGCCCCUCUUCCUAUGCAAUUGUUCUGUUCCAUUCCCCUUGUGGUUCUGGAACAAAACUCGCUUCCUACUCACACGCCAUUACAGUCACCUUCGUCGUCCUUCAUCACUCUCUUACACAAAUAUGGCCCAAGAAGAAGGGGUGGUGGUGUCUUUGCAGGAAUGGCAGGGUUGGGGCACCACCUCCCCACUCCCCACCAUGGUGGCACAAAUUGUCCACGAUUUGAAGGGGCUUGAACAUGACUUGGAUGCCCACAUGAGUUUUGGCGGCAAUGGCGGAAAGUUAAAGGGGAAUUUUAGAAUACAAGAAGAUAAGAAACACCGUGCCACGUAUCAGGCUUUGGCUGAUUCGGAGAAGAAGCUUCAAUUUUAUUCGGCCAGGCAGAUAGCUUGUCGCAUUCUCGGUAGCAGGGGUUACCUUUGUCAGAAGUGCUGGCUUCCCAUGGAGGAUUGUAUGUGUUCAGAAGUCACAUCCUGCUCGCUCCACCCGGGAAUAAGAUUUUGGCUGUAUAUGCAUCCCAAGGAUUUCUUGAGACAGAACAACACUGGAAAGAUUUUGUGGCAGGUGUUUGGGGUUGAUGCAGCAUCUUUGUGCCUUUUUGGCAUUCCUGAACACGAGGAAAUCAUGUGGAAUUCCUUAAAAGUGGCAGGAAAAAGUAAGGUGUGGUGCCUUUAUCCCAACAAGAGUGCAGUUCUAAAGUCAGUUCAAAAUGCGUUUGAUCAGGAACCAGUUACAAGUGAUGGAAUUGCACCUUCAGAGUUGAAAGUAGAAACAAUCCAUCAUUUUAUUUUGAUUGAUGGGACGUGGAGCAAUUCAGCAGCAAUGUUUAGGCGCCUUCAGGAUAAAGCAAAGUUAGUUUGGGGGGAUGAGGAUCUUCCAUGUAUAUCCCUAAAUCCUGGUGCUUCUGCUAUGCAUAAACUUAGACCACAGCCAUCUUGGGAUCGUACAUGCACAGCGGCAGCUGCAGCUGGCUUGCUCUCAGAGCUCCAACUUCUUCCACAGUUUAGGUCCAUUGAAUUGGACGAACAGGCAGAAGCAAUAGAGCAUGCUUUAUCAGUCUUAUUAGAUGCCCUCACAAAGAGACGGGUUCGCAUGGGAAGGUCCAUAACAAGAAAAAUGAGGCAAACCAACAUCCGAUAGAGACAUCCAAGAUUGUUCUGACAACGUACACAGUAAGCCUGUUGCAAUUUUUGGAAAUGAGAAAACUCUAAACCCUGUACAUGUAGGCUCAAUGGGAAAUUUUGGCUUUUAGUUAUGUAGUCAAGAAUUUCCAACUUCUUCACAUUAACGUCUGAGAAAGGUUUCAAGUCUUAAAUUUCUCACUGAAGUGAUUCCAUUUAAAACAUUUGGAUGGAAGUGUACCUUUUUUGGGUGACAAGAUAGAAAUUUAGUUGUCCAUGGUUUGAAUCUA